AUGGCAUCAGAGCAGCAGUGGAGGUCCUACGUCGCCGCUGCCUCCGGUGAGGCUAGUCAGGGAGGUCAGACGGGAGCUCCGGUGAUCGGAUCGCCGGCUCUCACAACUCCUACCUCAAAUACGCAACAAGUUCCUCCUUCGCAGACACAAAGAAGCCAGGCGAUGGAGGAUCUGAACAAUCCUCUCUAUUUCAGCCCAGCUGAGAAUCUGAAUUCUGUGCUUGUGAGUCCUCCUCUCAUAGGCAGUUCGAAUUACACUUCCUGGUGUAUAUCCAUGAAGAUCGCCCUUGAGGUGAAAAAUAAAUGGUGCAUUGUUGAAGGAAGCGUUGCAACACCUAACAGAGAGCACGCUCAGUACCAGGCAUGGAGGUGCUGCAAUUUGAUGGUGUGCUCCUGGAUCUUCAAAGCAGUGCAUCCAUCUAUUGCUCAAAGCGUAAUGCAUCUAGACAAAGCAGAUGAAGUGUGGGAGGAUCUGAGGAGAAGGUUCGCUCAGUAUGAUGCUCAGAGAAUUUCUGCCCUCCAGAAUGAGAUCUACGGCUUGAAACAGAACUCCAUGACAGUCAGUGAGUACUACACGAAAUGCCGGACAAUGUGGGAGGAGAUGAACACAUUGAGACCUCUUCCGGAACGUGAUGUUAAUCAAGUCAUCCGCUUCCUGCAAGGUUUAAACAAUGAGUAUGGAAGCUUGAAAUCUAAUAUCCUAGUUCUGGAUCCCUUACCAGAGGUAUACAAGAUUUAUGUCAUGGAUGAAAAAUUGGAGAGGCAAAUCAAUGCAGUAAGCCUGAACACAAUGGACUUCAGUCAGGCGAAUGCAGUUCAGAGUCCUCAAACAUCCACAGAUGAUUUAGUUGCAACAGUAAACACAUAUAAUGCCAGGAAGUUCACCAGUAAUGGAAGUGGUAACAAGCCAAAGUGUAUCUUCUGUGGAAUGAAUGGGCACACCAUAGACAAAUGCUACAAAAAGCAUGGCUACCCCUAG